AAUCUCAUUUCUAAUGGGUGUAAGAUGCAGUACUUCGCAGGGAAAUGAGGCUCCUUCGGGGAGCAUAUGCCUGUCACAGGGUGCCAAGGGCUUUUGUAAUCUUUGUGCGACGCAGAGUAGGUCGUGAUGGGGGCGGGGAGGCUCCGCAGGCAGCCCGGCAGACUGGGUCGGUCCGGCACCUGUGGGGAUUAGCCAAUUAAUACCGAUUUGCAGCGACUUUCCUGCGUUGGGUUAUUUUAAGGUGCUACACGCUGCACUUAUUGCACUAUUUUUUUUUACUCUUUAGAAAUCUGAUCCUCUUAGUUUGUUUUUUUCCCGCUAGACUCCCGCGUCCGGGCACAUUUUGCCGGGUUUAGGUCCUGCGUCGACCCACAGUUUAAACCCGAAAUCAUGCCCCAGAGCCGAUCCUAAGUCCCUUUAAGUUUUUAUUCGUGUUUACUUGGAUAUUUUUUUUGUUAGGCAGGGAUGCCGGGGCUGAGGGAAGCGGGGCUCCUCGGGGCCGCAGUCGCCAUCGCCGGAGGAGCUACUUUCCUGGCUUGGAGCUACGUGACUGAUCGGAAAAAGCAGGAGCUCGAACGGGAGGAAGCGGCCGCAAUAGCGGGCAGAGCGGCGCAGCCUGUGUCCGGGUCUGAGGAGGUGAAGACGGCUGGUAGCAGGCAGGUGCUGGUGUUGGGCCUAGAUGGGGCCGGCAAGACCAGUGUGAUGCACUGCUUGGCCACUGGCAGCCUGGAGCAGGACGUGUCUCCCACCCAGGGCAUCAACGCCAUCUCCAUCAACAAGGAGGACCUGCAGAUCGAGUUCCUGGAAAUUGGUGGGACUGAGACCCUCAGGAGAUACUGGAGGAAGUACCUGUGUAAGGCCCUGGUGCUGGUGUUCGUGGUGGAUUCCACCGACACUCCCCGCUUCCCCCUGGCCAGGAGGAGCCUGCUGGAGCUGGUGGCCGGGGAGCCUCUUCUCCCCCUGGUGGUACUGGCCAACAAGCAGGACAUGCAGGGAGCCUGCAGCAUCACAGAGCUGCACGAGGCCCUGGGCCUGGUGGACGUGGGCGACGAGAGGAAGCUCUUCCUCAUCGGCACUCACGUGAAGAAGGGUGACCCGGAGAUGCCCUCCAGCAUCCAGGACGCCCGGGACUUCAUCUUUCAGAUGGUUUAUGACCACAGAUAAAGGCAGAGUUGCCAGUAGACAGCGGGGCACACUGCUGCAGUUCCGUUUGCGUGGCGUCAGUGAAAGAGCAUUGUUAGAUUUCAUAGUUUUGGUUCCGUGGUUUCAGGUGGGGUGAUUUAUGUUUUUUGGCAUGAAUGUAGUGAAUUCUGUAGUAAAACGAAAGCCUUUGAACGCGUUUGAUGUCAGUUUGCCUGUCAUAAAGCCAAAUACACUUUUGCUCCUGUUUUAUCUUGGUCAUUUACUAAAGAAAUAAAUGUGAGUUUCAGCACGAGUGUAUGGAUGGGCAACCGGAAAAGUGGCUCUCUGGGGUCGUAACGGGGGAAGGUUCUCAAUCGUAACUCCCCGGUCUUGAUCUUAGCUGCAGUCGUUUUUUUAACAAAGCUGUAAAUCUCUUUGUUUGAUGCCACUGCUAUUAAACAAUUACAUGUUGCAUUGAUCCGAUAUUUAUUUUCCAUGUUUUAUAAGCAAUAGAAAUUUGGCUUCUGAAUGCUUGGAUGCCAUUCCAGUCCCACCGUAUCGUUUUGUAAAUGACAGGUGCAAAAAGGGCUCUUUUUUUCACAGAAAUCUGUUUGAUUACCGCAUUGUAAAAAGGAGCAUAAUUUUUAUCUCAUGGUUUUUUACAAUGAAUUUAAUUACCAUUGGUGCAAUCUGAAACGUCCUAAAUUUGAAGAAUGUGUGCUACAUAAUUCUGUGUUGGUUUAAAUAACAACCCAAAGAAGAGUGAGCUGCUGUUAGUAAUAUUUCUGCUGUUUGUAUUUUAUUUUGCUAUUCGAAUCUGGAAUUGGAAAAUCAACAUGUCGGCACCUAAAACCAAAGUAUGUAAAUAUCUUCUGAGCUCCGAAUAAACACAUUCAGAAAAUA